GGGGGGGGGGCUGCCAGCCUCGACCCCUACGGUGACUCCUCCGCCCCUCAGCCCGGACUCAAGAUGAUGAAGAGGCAGCUGCACCGCAUGCGGCAACUGGCCCACACGGGCAGCUUGGGACGCACCUCGGAGACUGCCGAGUUCUUGGGUGAGGACCUGCUGCAGGUGGAGCAGCGGUUGGAACCCGCUAAGCGAGCUGCACACAAUGUUCACAAAAGGCUGCAGGCCUGUCUGCAGGGCCAAAGUGGGGCUGACAUGGACAAGCGUGUGAAGAAGCUUCCUCUCAUGGCUCUUUCUACCACAAUGGCUGAAAGCUUCAAGGAACUGGAUCCCGAUUCCAGCAUGGGGAAGGCCUUGGAGAUGAGCUGCGCCAUCCAGAACCAGCUGGCCCGGAUCCUAGCUGAGUUCGAGAUGACCUUGGAGAGGGAUGUCCUGCAGCCGCUCAGCAGGCUGAGUGAGGAGGAGCUGCCUGCUAUCCUCAAGCACAAGAAGAGCCUGCAGAAGCUGGUGUCCGACUGGAACGCCCUCAAAAGCAGGCUCAGCCAGGCAGCCAAGAACUCAGGGAGCAGUCAAGGCCUGGGAGGUGGCCCAAGCAGUCACGGCCACAUCACCACUGCCAACAAGGUGGAGACGCUGAAGGAGGAAGAGGAGGAGCUAAAGAAAAAGGUGGAACAGUGCAAGGAUGAGUACUUGGCUGACCUCUACCACUUUGCCACCAAGGAGGACUCGUACGCCAACUACUUUAUUCAUCUCCUGGAGAUUCAGGCUGACUACCAUCGCAGGUCGCUGACCUCACUCGACACAGCCCUAGCUGAGCUGAGGGACAACCACAGCCAAGCAGACCCCUCCCCCUUGAUGACGGCCACCCCCUUCUCCAGGGUAUAUGGGGUGUCCCUGAGAACCCACCUGCAAGAGCUAGGCCGUGACAUCGCCCUACCUAUCGAGGCCUGUGUCCUGUUGCUGUUAUCAGAAGGCAUGCAGGAGGAGGGUCUCUUCCGUCUGGCUGCUGGGGCCUCUGUGCUGAAGCGCCUCAAGCAGACAAUGGCCUCAGAUCCCCACAGCCUAGAGGAGUUCUGCUCAGACCCCCAUGCUGUAGCAGGUGCCCUUAAGUCCUAUCUCCGGGAGCUGCCAGAGCCACUGAUGACCUCUGACCUCUAUGAUGACUGGAUGAAAGCAGCCAGCCUGAAGGAGCCUGGGGCCCGCCUGGAGGCACUCCAAGAUGUUUGCAGCCGCCUACCCCAAGAGAACUUCAACAACCUCAGGUACGUGAUGAAGUUCCUGGCACUGCUGGCAGAGCAACAGGAAGUGAACAAGAUGACACCCAGCAACAUCGCCAUUGUCUUGGGGCCCAACCUGCUGUGGCCUCCUGAGAAAGACGGGGACCAGGCCCAACUGGAUGCAGCCUCUGUGUCCUCCAUUCAGGUGGUGGGCGUGGUCGAGGCGCUGAUACAGAAUGCUGACGCCCUCUUCCCUGGAGAUAUCAACUUCAGUGUAUCAGACAUCUUCUCGGGCCUGGCGCCCCAGGAGAAGGUCAGUAGCCAACGGGCCUCAGAGGAAUUGCCACCCGCUGCUGUGCCUGCUCCGGCUGCCGCCCCGGCUCCCACCCCAGCUCCAGCCCUGGUGUCUGUAAAAGAAAGGACAGAGUCUGAAUUGCCCAAACCAACUUCCCCCAAGGUCAGCAGGAGCCCCACAGAGACGGCUCCUCCAGCAGAGGACAUGACUCGGAAGACAAAGCGCCCGGCACCAGCCCGGCCUACCAUGCCACCUCCCCAGCCUUCCUCCAGUGCACGCUCGUCCCCUCCAGCUCCACCCCUGCCUCCUGGCUCUGGCAGCCCUGGUACUCCCCAAGCUCUGCCACGCCGUCUGGUGGGCACCAGCCUCCGGGCCCCUACCGUGCCUCCCCCGUUACCCCCUGUUCCUCCACAGCCUGCCCGGCGCCAGAGCCGGCGUUUACCAGCUUCUCCUAGCCCAGCCUCCCCUGGCCUAGUGAUUUCAAACAUGCCUGCUCAGGUGGACCAGGGAGUGGCUACGGAGGACAGAGUAGGCCCUGAGGCUGUAGGUGGGCAUCUUACUCCCCCAGCUGUGCCACCCCAGCCUCGGCCCAGGGGCCUCACCUCAGAGACAGAGUGAAUGGGCCCUCCUGCCUGACAAGUCCUCAGUGUCCCCUCCCUCCCUUGUCCCUCCCAGGACAGCCCUUGCCCUGUGCCUAGGUGCCUGCUGGGUUGGCCCCCAUGGCCAGGAGGGUUCAAGCCAGCCCUUUACUUUCUGACCUUUCCCUCUUUUACUUUGAGCUUGGGGGCUCCCACCAGGCUCCCCACUCUCUGGCAGGGUCGCAAGGGAGCUAUCAGAUGGAAGGACGGACCUCCCCGUUCCUACAGGACUUUUUUUU